AGUCUUGCUGACUCGCAGAAGGGCAACCAGUAACUUUCCCGCUCUGAAUGUCAACUAGAUUUCGUGUAGUCAGCAAAGGAUACUCUGUCACCAAAUGAGCAAGAUCUCACAAUGUGGCCGGCGACGGAGGAAACGAGAGGUCGUCCUCGUCCGGCCUUAACAAAGGAAGCUCCUGCCUUCCACUAGCUCAAGAAGUCGCCGGGACUGAAAAAUCCGUGGAUCCUUGAGGCAACCGGGACAUUUGAUCCUACCAAGAUGAAAGAGCUGGGGGCACACCCUAGGAGCAUCAAUGAAUGGUGUCUUCCUCGUGGCCUGUGGUCGUCCAUGUUCCUGGAAGCUGUUCAGCACUUUUUACAACCACAAAUUGUCUCGAACCGUAAGUUUGUCCUACUUGAUGGCUGGCUCGGCCUUGCAUCAGACAUUCUCGGUCUCUUGCUCCUCCACGACCAGGGCCACGGCUCUCAUGUUCGCGCUCACCAACCUGGAGAUAUUGUAAAGUUGGCGGAAGAAGGCCGUAGUCAUGAGCAUACAGAAGGGCGGCACAGAGCCACGUGGAGUUCCGACAAGCAACGAUACAACACCCAAAAGUGGAGCGGUUGGGCAGAGUGCUGCGAAAUCAGCCAAACAGCCAAAACGUCUAUCGGGCCAUUAGAGGAGCUGUAAGCCAUCCAUUGCACCAGUUAAAAACCAAGCAAUCAGGUGAGCCAGCAGCUUAACCAUUCAUGCAACUCGUGGACGCCAUCUCGGCCCUUUGAUCAUGGUCAGUAUUCAUUUGGAUUGACCAUAUGGGUACGAGAAUAGGA